AUGGCGGCGGGCGGGCGGGAGCCGAGCCUGUGGGACCGCGUGUGCGCAGAGUAUGAAGCAGAGCAGCCUCAAUUUCCAGAUGGUCCUGAAUCAAAACAAGAAUUUGUGUCUUUGGAAGCGGGAAUAGCGCAGCCAUUACGUGUGGAACAAUUUUGUUCAGCCCCUGCAGCUGAUACUUCUGUCCAACAGUUGCUUUCCACACCCGAGACAGCUCCCAUUCCAGAACCACCUGAUCCAAAAACAUGUCCUCCUCGAGAAUACUUAGAGUAUUACAUAUUUCCAGUACUCUUACCUGGAAUGGCAGAACUAUUGCAUCGAGCACAGGAGGAAAAGUGUUUUGAGAGAAAAAGGACCAAAUUUAUUGCCUGUGAUUUCCUCACUGAGUGGUUAUACAACAACAACCCGAAGAGGAAAGAUGAGUCAUUCACAGAAUUCUUUUCCAUUCCUUUUGUUAAGGACUGGCUAAAGGACCAUCCUAGGCGACCAAUUCCUCUCUCUCUCAUUCUAUCAGAAGAAGCAGCAAGCAUAAUAAUUCAGUCCUUCUGGAGAGGUUAUCGGGUCCGCUGUGAUAGUGAAGUGCAAGAGCUACGUCAGUGGCAAAAGAAGUUGAGAGAGGAGAAGAACAUUGUUAAGAUAGUGAAAGAAUUCUGGACUAAGCAGGAAGCCAAAGCCUCACGACAGAUGGAUUUCCUUCACCUGAUUUCUUUUGAUGCAGUGAGAGAACACCUCAACACCAACAUUCACUGCUGCAUAUGCGCCAUAGCACCAAAGACACACCAAAAAAUACCUGAAAGUACCUACAGCUGCUUUCAAGAUGGACAAACUGCUUUUGGAAAUGUUUGGAUGAGUAGUGAUUUCCCUCCACCUCUUAUUAUCCUCCCUGCAUUUUUCCAAAGAUGGUAUUUUGAACACUGGACAUUGAGAAUGAUGGGUCAGAAGGAAGAGCUGUCAUUACUCAAACUGCAAGAGCACUUUGCAUUGAUGUUCAAGAGUGAGACCACAAGAUGGAAGGCAUCACCCAGACCGAGCAAGCGAGAUGUUUCUGUGAGGAGAGCUGUCAAGGGCAGAAUACCAGCAUCCCCCCAGAACAUCGGAAAGAUUUUUAUUGACACCGAUCGCUUCAGGCAUUGGGGUGAGGAAGCAGCUGCUGAGGCUAACGCAGCAUCACAGAGCUCGACUCAAGGAGAGCUGAGCACCAGCAGAAUACAAGGGCAGACACAGAUGAGAGACAGUCAGAGUACAUUUUGCCUGAAGCCACACCAAAUGGAUAUGGCAAAACUGGGAAGAGAACCAGAAAUCUUGUAUUUGGAGAGACUUUUUCUCUUGAGCACAUCAAUAACUUGA